CAGUUUCUCCUCGUUUCUAUCUCUCUUUCUGCCUGCCUCUAUAACUCACACACUCACACUAGCUUUGCUCUUUGGCAACACACACACACACACACACGCACACACACAUAUUAAAACCACACAAAUUCAACAGAGGAUUGUAGUUGGUCCAUUUUUCUGGUGCUUUAAAACUCAAUAUAUCGCCUUCAUGGAGGAUUACCACAAACCUGACCAGCAGACAGUGCAAGCACUGAGGAACAUCGCCAACCGCCUCCGAAUCAACUCGAUCAAGGCAACAACUGGAGCGGGCAGCGGAUAUCCCACGUCAUGCUGCAGUGUGGCAGAAAUCAUGUCUGUGCUUUUCUUCCACACUAUGAAGUACCGCCCUGAAGACCCAAGAAACUUCAACAACGACCGCUUUAUCCUGUCUAAGGGUCAUGCUGCUCCUGCGUUGUACUCCAUAUGGGUUGAAACAGGUUUUCUCAAGGAGAGCGAAUUGCUCAGUUUAUGCCAGGUUGACUCUACCCUGGAGGGGCACCCAACCCCCAAACAACAAUUUGUGGAUGUCGCCACUGGAUCGCUGGGGCAGGGUCUUGGUGUGGCCUGUGGAAUGGCUUACACUGGGAAAUAUUUUGACAAAUCCAGUUACCGUGUCUUCUGUCUGCUGGGGGAUGGUGAGAUGUCAGAGGGGGCUGUCUGGGAGGCCAUGUCAUUUGCCUCCUACUACCAGCUUGACAACCUGGUGGCCAUUAUGGACAUCAACCGUCUUGGCCAGAGUGACCCUGCACCCUUGCAGCAUCACGUAGAAAAAUAUCAGAAGCGUUGUGAAGCCUUUGGCUGGCAUGCUAUCAUUGUCGACGGACACAGCGUAGAGGAGCUUUGCAAGGCUCUGAGCCAGCCAUGCCACCAACCCACUGCCAUCAUAGCCAAAACCAUUAAGGGCAAAGGCAUUCCAGCUGCAGAGGAUAAGCUGGGUUGGCACGCCAAAACUCUGCCCAAAGACAUGGCUGACAUGGUCAUGAAGGAUCUGCAGAGCCGUAUCAUGAGUAGCAGCAAGCACCUGUACCCACCUGCUCCUAUUGAGGACUCCCCACCUGUCAGCCUAAGAAACAUCAGGAUGCCAAGCGCACCCAGCUACAAGGCUGGAGAAAAGAUUGCCACACGGAAGGCAUACGGAAUGGCACUGGCCAAGCUGGGACGCUACAAUGAACGUGUUGUGGCCCUUGAUGGAGAUACCAAUAACCUCACCUACUCAGAGAUCUUUAAGAAUGAGCAUCCCAACCGUUUUGUUGAGUGCUACAUUGCUCAGCAAAACAUGGUCAGCGUUGCGAUGGGAUGUGCUGCCCGAGAGAGGAAUGUGGUAUUUGCCAGCACUCUUGCUUCCUUUUUCACUCGCGCCUAUGACCAGCUUCGUAUGGCAGCGAUCUCAGAAAGCAACAUCAAUCUGUGCGGCUCUCACUGCGGUCUGUCCACCGGAGAGGAGGGCCCUGCCCUGAUGGGUCUGGAGGACGUAGCUAUGUUCAGGGCCCUUCCCACAGCAACCAUUUUCUAUCCCUGUGAUGGUGUGUCUACAGAGAAGGCUGUGGAACUGGCUGCAACCACAAAGGGUGUUUGCUACAUCCGAACCAGCCGCCAAGACUGUGCUAUCAUCUACAACAGCAAUGAGGACUUCCAUGUUGGACAGGCAAAGGUGGUGUACCAAAGCAAGGACGACCAGGUCACUGUGGUGGCAGCUGGAGUGACUUUGCACGAGGCCCUUGCUGCAGCUGAACAUCUAAAGAAAGAGAGGAUCUCUGUCCGAGUGAUUGACCCCUUCACACUCAAACCUUUGGAUGUCAAAACGAUCAUCGACCACACACGUGCUACCAGGGGAAGGAUCCUCACUGUCGAGGACCACUACUACGAGGGUGGUCUUGGCGAAGCAGUGUCUUCAGCAAUGGUCAAUGAGUCUGGCUUCAGUCUGCACCGUCUCGCUGUGUCCCACAUUCCUCGCAGUGGAAAACCCCACGAGCUGCUGAAGAUCUACGGUAUCGACCGUGAUGCUAUUUCUCAGGCCAUUCGCAAGAUGGUCAGCAGCUCUACCAAUGCCAAGUAACUUUCUCCCUGCAACCACCUACCUAUCCAAUUACACCCCUGAAGAUAAGGCUAGUAGUCAAGUAUGUUUUCGAUUCACAUGGCACCCAACUCUUUGAUUUUGUUCACAGUGAAUACCCCUAAGUGUGUAGGCUACUAAAGUAAUGUGAUUUUGUGCUGUACACAUUAAAGUAGAGUUCCACGUUUGCCUUCCUUUUUGUGUAUUUAUCACCAAAAACUGAGACACACAAAUUCAUGCAACAUGCAUAUCCUCACUGAUAAUACCAGCGUUGUUAUAGACCCAUUUCAAUGACAGAGAUGUGGACAUAACUGACAUUUUCAUUGGUGGAUGCUCACUAUUAAAAAAUAAUAAUAAUAAUCCGGUAUUACAUGUCUGCUGUGUGAUGCUCUAAUGUGUUCUUAAUGCUCUUGGAUUCAUUCAACUGACAGUGGUUUUAUAUUGUUUUGCUAUAGCUUGUAAUACUGAGUGGGGCAUAGUUUUCAAAUCGGUGUUUAUCAUAGAGUGUGUGUGUCAGACAGAAACUUAGUGAGUUGUUGUUGUGAAAGACAAUAGGAAACAAAGUGAAAGAAAUGUGUACACGUCAUAAAGAGCAGUCAUGCAGAGCCAGAAUUUAAACAUUCAGAUGAUUUCACUUUCAUUUUUGUAGUUCUUAAAUUUAUUUCUAUUCACCAUUGUCUUUUGUUAUUGAAAUUUCAGUUACCGUAAACCAACACACCUCAGUGUUCAUUUGUGCUCUAGCACUGCUUUUGGACCUCAACAGCAGUGUAAUCUUUACACAACGUCGAGCAAAGAAGAGCCACCCGGUGCUGAUAGGGGGUAUAGUGGGCUGUGAUGUUGAAUAGCUAGUUACGUCCAGCGUGUCAGCCUAAGAACACUUUCUUUGUUACUUGAAAUUUUGUAUGUACCAUACUUUCAUGUAAUAAAGCCCUCUGCAUUUGACUUUGACCAUU